GGUACGGGUCUCUCAUUGAGACGCGGUAACGGAGUCGCCAUUUUGGAUCUGACCAGUCUUGAGUGAAAAUCAACCAAUAGAAGCGCAGUGCUGUGGAGCAAGCCUGAACAUGUGAAGAGAGCCGUCCGAUUUCCACGUGCUCGUGCCGGUGUCCUUAGAGAGGAGGUCGGAAGAUGCCCGGUCUGAGCUGCUGUGAGAUGGCCUUAGAGAAUAUGAGGAGCUCCCACAAUCCCCAUCCUCCAGGCCCUGUCGACUUUUCCUUAGCUGAGAGUCCUCGAGGGGCUCCGGAGUGUCGCGGGAAGAAAAACCCAGCAACAAAUAAAUGGUUGCGGAUACAGGCAAAAAGGGCGGCACUGGAGAAAAGUGGGGUCCUGCAGAAGAAAAAGCAAGCGAAGGACAAGCACAGAGACCGGGGGGGCUUGGGCUCCAUCGUGUUAUCCCCGGACCCUGGGAUCUGGGGGGACUUUUCAUUACCCCCACGGACUGAGGUUCCGUCUGACGUCCUGUCGGUGGCUGCCACCUCUGCCUGGCACCAGUCAGGAACGUCCAAAGCUGGGGUGAUGUCCUCCAUUGGUGAGCGCUGGGAGACGGACAGCGGGGUCUCCUCGGCAGCCAGCCCCCCCGUCAGCGGCCGUAGCUCCCCCUGCCCCUGCGUGAAUCCAGCCAAGCUGGUCGCCAUAGACUGCGAGAUGGUGGGCACUGGCCCGGGCGGUCGCUUCAGUGAGGUGGCCCGUUGCAGUAUGGUGAACUACCAUGGGGAGGUGCUGUACGACAAGUACAUCCAGCCGCUGAGGCCGGUCGUGAACUACCGGACUCGCUGGAGCGGUAUCUCCCAGCACCACCUGGUCAACGCGGUGCCCUUUAACAGGGCGCAUCGGGAGAUACUUCAGCUCCUGAAGGGGAAGGUGGUCAUCGGUCACGCCCUGCACAAUGACUUCCGCGCCUUAGGAUUCGCUCCUCCGCGGCACAUGAUCAGGGACACGGGCCGCUCACGUGAGCUCAGGCGGUUGUCUGACUUUCCGCUCCGGGGCAGCGUCUCCUUGAAAAACCUGGCCAAGACCCUACUACACAGAAAAAUUCAGACCAGCAAGCAGGGACACUGCUCCGUGGAGGAUGCCAUCGCAGCCAUGGACCUGUACAAGCUCGUGGAGAUGCAGUGGGAGCGGAAUAUGCUGGACGCGAGUCCGGGUUUGGAUACGGAUUCCCUCUCUGAAGUGGUAUCCUCCACUAGUCACUACAUGCAGGACCAGUAUUGGCCUGAAGAGAUUUCAAAUGACUGCAAGUAAGGGGGGUGACAGCGGGACUUCCACUCUGGGUGGGGAAUUUGCUGUGUGCUGGUUUAACCCAAUGGAAACCAGUUCGAAUUGAACAAUGGGAAGUGGGUUAAAGCCUCUGGUGAUUGGCAGCAGUAAAUAAUAACCCCACCCACCGCGGGGGAACUAGUGUCUCAGUAAUCCUCAACAGAAGCUGCUAUAGAUGAGAUCUGAGCUUUAGUGAGAAUGAUGUACUGUAGUUCUGAGUCCUCACACUAGAGGGCAGUCUAACCUCAGCAGGUGCAGGUUCAUUGUGGCGUUGCUUUAUCUGCACAUGUGUGUAUUCCCAGAAUGCACACUGUUUAGAGAAGGAGUGACUGAUUGAAAAGAUCAGAAUAAAAACUGAAUGCAUUGUAUUGCAUAUCCUUGCUCAUACGGAAGAUCUGUAAUUUGUUGUCCAAUUUUCCACUGUUAUCAUAAAUUUUGGUCUUUAUAACCACUGGUUUGGCAAAGUUAAUUAAAUCUUUAAGGAAAUAUAACUCAUUGGAGCAAAUGUAAUAAUUUUAGGCUGUUUAAUGCGGCAAUGAAGGCGUUUCAUCUUAAAUUGUCAGAUUGUAAUGGAUAAUCUGGGACCUACUUUGUCGAGCUUCUUGUCUGUAUACUGUGUAUAUGGUUCUCAGAGUACACAAGGUGCACUUCGCUGAAUUGGUGUCAUGCUGAAAGACUGUUAGUCUUUCUCCGUGGCUGAACAUCCCUCCAGAACUGUUGGACUUCAAGCUGUUGUUAAAAAUUUAACUUAAUAAAAAAAAAAUGGCAUUACAGUUGA